AUGUCCGGCCCAACAGAACUCUACCUCCCGCUCACUUUUCCCUUUCCUAUAAAGGUCAUCUCAAUUGACGCGAAGCCGGCCAGCAAUAUCCAACGCGGCCAGCGUUUGUUAAGUUACUCUUUCGUUCAUCUAGCACCUACAGCGGGCGCACAGCCAGAGACGCGCUUUGGGACAUGGGAUUCCACCGUCGAGGGGGAAAUUGCUGCUUGGAAUACUAAGGCGGGGGACGUUAUAUCUGCCCGCAAAGCAAAGGACAAGCCUGUGGUUCUCGUCAAUGAACCAUGUACCCAUGGAAUACAAAUCGGGGGACUCUGCGGACUCUGCGGGAAGGACAUGACUGAUUACGAUUACACUGGCUUCUCAGAUGCGUCCCGCGCAGUCAUUCCGAUGACACACUCUGCCUUUGGGCCUACCGUCUCUCUUGAAGAGGCCAGGAAGAUGGAGAAGGAGACAGCGCAACAUCUUCUCAAAUCGCACAAAUUGUCCUUGAUUGUGGACCUCGAUCAAACCAUUGUGCAUGCGACCGUGGACCCGACCGUCGGAGAGUGGAUAACGGAAGGCGAGGCUUGGGAGGCCCGUCGGGCAGCCAAGGCGAAGAACAACGAAUCUAAUGACGACGACGACGAAUGCAAUCCUAACUGGGAAGCGUUGAAGGACGUUAAGAAGUUUAGACUAGGGCCGGAAUCGUUUGGGCCUCCACCCCGCUUUCCCAAAGGCAAGGCUAAAUUAUUGGAGAACGAGGGUUGUAUGUACUAUAUCAAACCAAGGCCCGGAUGGAAAGAAUUCUUCGAAGAAACGGCUUCAAAGUACGAAAUGCACGUUUAUACGAUGGGCACACGAGCAUAUGCUGAAGAGGUAUGUGCGGCUAUUGAUCCGGACUCGAAGUACUUUGGUGGGCGGAUAUUGAGUCGAGACGAAAGCGGCAGUCUUACUCAGAAGAGCCUGCAACGCCUAUUUCCUUGCGAUACAUCUAUGGUAGUGAUCAUAGAUGAUCGUGCAGACGUUUGGGAAUGGAGUCCGAAUCUUAUCAAAGUCAUCCCUUACGACUUCUUCGUCGGGAUCGGUGACAUAAAUUCGUCUUUCUUACCGAAACUAGAGCCUUUAACACCCACCGGCCCUCCGAUUAAUCCACAAGGCAAGUUUAUUUCCACCGCCGUAGGCCAGCUCCUAAAUUUAUUCGUGUCCUCAGCCGCGCCUUCUUCCACUCCACCCAACGCUGCCGCCGCCGAACAUGCCUUACCCUCCGAAACCCCCAUCACAACCCCAGAAGACGCGGAGCGAGCAGAACGCGAGACUAACCAAAUGCUUACCCAAAAUUCCCUUGCCCUAGAAGCCCAGAUGGAGGAGCGGCCACUAGCUAAGAAACAAGAGGCAUUGGUCGCUUCUGAGGAUGGCCAAGCGACGAAAACCGAGACGCCAUCCCCAGCUGAGUCUACGAGUAGCGAAACCGUUGUCGAUACACCUCCUCCAACAGAAAAGCAUGUCCGUAAGGCGUUAUUGAAGAAUGAUGACUUUGAGUUGGAACGCCUCACUAAGCUCUUAGACGAAGUGCAUAAGCAAUUUUACUCGGCAUACGAAUCACGACCACAGGACGAUAAAACACGACGUGGUAGGAGACGAGAAUCAAUGAAUGUGCUAUACGAUGUAACACGAAUCAUACCCCGAAUACGCGCCGAUGUAUUUAAAGGCGUCCAUAUCCUAUUUUCAAGUGUGAUACCUCUAGAUACCAAGCCAGAAACGACCGAAAUAUGGCGAUUAGCGCAUAUGUUCGGCGCUAAGGUUUCCACCGAAUUGACGAGCGAAGUUACCCAUGUUGUAGCGGCUAAACGUGGAACGGUGAAGGUGGAUAUGGCCCGGCGGCGUGGAGGGAUGAAAAUUGUGUGGGUUUCUUGGUUCACAGAUUCCGUAGCUUUGUGGCGGCAUCAAGACGAGACGCCAUACCUUUUGGACGAGCCUCCGGUGACUGGACCGAGUUCUAGUCCUGCUAUGGACUCAAUUGACAUUUCAUCAGACCACGAUCCUGACGGGGACGACUGGGACAAAGACCCACCCUCAGAGACCGGUGGACCGUCGCUGGAACUUGAUACCAUCAACUGGGACGAGGUUAAUGACGAAGUCGACGCGGCAAUGAACGAGAGCGAUGAUGACGACGACGCCAGGAGUGAUCGAAGCGGGUUACGGAGUGAGGCCGCUUCCGAUGACGAGACAGGUAGUGCUAUCAGCAGUGCCAAUGGAACUCCCAAGAUGCGACGCAAGCGCUUGCGGAGUGUGACGCCGUCUGAUGGUGGCUUUGACGGGCUGGACAAGGACACGCUUCUCCGAUCACCUCUCGCGAAGCGCAAGAAGCUAGCCGCUGAGAGAUCGAAGUUCUCAAAGCUCAAAGAGGCAAUAACGGUCGGUGAUUUGGACGAAGGCGACAAUGGCGGGGGCACCCUCGAUCCCGCGACGCCGCAAGGAAUGGAAAAUGGUGACGGCGAAGAUGAUGAAGAGAGCGACGACGAGGACGGACUUGAUUUAGGCUUCGAUGAUGACUUCCUUGCACGAGAACUAGACGAAGAACUGGGAUGA